GUCAAUCAAGAAACUUUUUAAAUUAUUUUAUUUCAAUAUUUUUAGUUCAAUUAUAUAAAAAUGUCUGUUUUCGAUGGUGAGAUAGAAUUCAAGUCCGUGUACAUGGUCGACUACCCCAAGAAAGACCAACCAAAGACCCCUUGUCCACCAGCGGUAGAAGACAACUGCCUUAUUGUAGGCCUCGAGCGACACUCGCUGAAGGCCCGGGACGAGCCCAGGAAAAGCCCUGAUAUCCUGUGCCCCAUCAACUACGAGUACUACAAGGAUGCCGUCAAACGGUUGAAAGAGGAUGAGCCGAAGCUAGUAGACAUGUACAUGUCCAAGGACAUCGACCCGGUGCCCAUCGACCACGAGAUCCAGGACCUGAAACGAACAGAGUACCUCACAAAAUACUGCUCACGAGACCUCCCGUUCAUGUCCGUAAACCUGGCGCGCCGCGCACGCGCACUCCAGACCUUACGGCUACCCGACGAUGUCCACAUACCUGACACCACACAUACCGGGUCCUACCGACAACCCGCACCCGAUAAAUACAAGGACCCGCCCAGCACACUGUCCUUGAAACCGAAGUUUGAGGAUUCCUUACAAAAGGAGCUCCGUCGAAUCUUGCGCAUACGCACACCCGAGUCGACAUACCAAGCGUGCCACGGCCUUCUCGGAAAAGUGAUACUGGAGAAAAAUCCGUUCGGCAAGCCGAGGAAGGAACCCAAAUACGGCCUGUGGCGUACACCGCAUUACUACACCUACUAUCACCUCUAGAGAAAUUAUUGCCAC